AUGAACGUCUUGAAGACCUCAUUGACAGUGGUUGGGGGCUGGUGCCGCUCACGAGAGCUUUGGUGGAGGUUGGAUUUACCAAGGACUCAGACACACGCCUCAGGGCACACGUCCACCAUCAGAGUUCUAAUUACCUCACGAAUCUCCCGAAUGCAGUGUUGCAACAAAUGUUCCCCAACUGCUUCGGCCUCCAGCAAUGGAUUCUUCACGUCUGUUGGCAGCCGGCGCAAUGCUGGCUUGGCGAGAUAUAUUUCACAGAGUUAUGUGACUCUGGACUCGAGAAUGCAAGGGGUUUCAAUCAUCACGCUCCAGGCAGAUCGAAUGCUUGGGGUUUCCAGACCCUCAAACCGAUCGAAAGAUUACAGCGAGAACGCCAAGCGACAUUAUCAGAAUCUCUGCAAUCAUACGGAGUACAAUGGCUCCGAGAUGACUACCAGGCGCAAGAACAGGUAUGGCAACAGGAGCGGGCGCAGUGCGAAGAAAUUAAGCUCAUGA